AUGAGUAAGGGAAAAGAUCAACAAUAUAAAGACUACGAUGUUGUGAUGAAUAUGGCAUAUGUUAAAUUCAGGGAAAGCUGCACGAAAGACAACGGCUUCAACGUCAAACUGGUUAAAGAAAACUUGGAUAUAUUUCUAAACAAAAAUAUUUAUUCCUCGAUUCAUUCAUCAUUAAAAUAUUCAGAAAAAGCUUUAAAUCAGACUGAAUAUAAAACUGCUAUAGUGACGUAUUUAGGAACAAAUGUUAGUUAUGAUCAAAUGCUGCAAAAGGUGAACAAACUUGACCAAUUUAAAAGAAAAGCAGCUUGGUUAAUUAUUUCCAGCUGUUGUGUGCAAACAGAUGUUAUUAAUUAUUUACGACAAGGGAGUUUUGGUCUUGAUAUUGACAUAGUUGUUGCGUUUGUUCCACAUUUUCAUCAGAAAAAUAAUAAUUUUAAUUAUACCAGCUGGAAAUCGUUAUUCACCGAAGAAGAGGCGUUUUUACCAUUUGAUCGCAAUUCAAACAGAAGUAUAGAUUAUUGCUUUGAUCUAAAUGACAAUAGAAGUAAAACUAAUCAUGAAAGCUACUCUUUAUAUCAGAUAUAUAAAAUAAAAAGAAAUACUAAUACAUCUUUAGUUAUGCAUCCACUUGGAUUAUGGAACAUGGCUUCUUCUACGAAAAAACUUGUGCCAUUUUGGAAUUAUGAGAAGAGACGUAACUUUUAUAAAUUCCCAAUUAUAUUUGGAGCCGUGGACAAACAUUUAGAUGGAACUGUUCAGGAAUCUGAACUUGAUCCUACAACUACUCAUUUCGCAAAUUAUUUCUCGGAGUUUUUAAACUCAAGUAAAAUAUUCCUAGCAUACAAUAAAAUAGGUCGUGAAGAGAAUGGAGAAUGGACAGACCUUUUAGCAGCAAUUACUGACGAAGAAAUUGAUUUGAGUGUCGAAGGAGUUGCUAUUACUCUAGAAAAAUAUAGUGCCAUGUCAUUCAGCUCCACUAUUCUGAAAAAUACGAAAAAUGUUUAUAUAGAACCUGCAAAAUCCGAAGAAAUACGUAAUAUAUUUUUGGUACCUUUCGGUUCCAGAAUGAUGUUUUGUGUUAUUGCUACUGGCUUUAUAUUAUCCGUAACUAUUACAAUAAAUAAUUUUGUUGACUCUAGAUUCUGUUCAAAGGAUAUACAAAUAAAAAAUAGGAACUUGGCAGAUUCCAUGGUAUGGUGCAUUGGAAUUUUCUCUCAACAAGGAAGUAUAUGGAAGCCAAAUUCCAAUUCUCAAAAAGUUAUUGUUCUAAUAUCAUUAGUGCUUUCAUUGAUAAUUUACAAUUCCUAUUCAGCUUUCAUUACAUCUGUUCUAUCUGUAGAGCUGAGUAGUAUUCGUAGCGUAACAGAUUUAUUGAAAAGUGACUACACCAUUGGGUAUACCAAGGGCAGUGAAGAUGAAGAAUAUUUAAGGUCUGCUAAUAAUAGCGAAUUGAAGCAAAUAUAUUUAAGAGGUUAUCUUCAAACGGACAGUCACAAUAUUUCCGAAGGAAUAAUCAAAGUAAUUCAGAGUAAUUAUGGAUUAUUCGCCUCUGGCCAAGCUGCUAGAAUAGAAUUAUGGAAUAUGUCGAAAUGUAAAUGUAAAUUUGAUAUUGAUGAAAUCAAUAUACACUAUACAGUCCAAUAUUAUGGAAUUGUCAUGCCCAAAAGAUCUCCGUACAAAAAGUUGAUAAAUUUAAGUCUCAUUAAAAUGUACGAAACUGGCAUCUACAAAUAUAUCUAUUCUAUUAUUUAUCCGGAGCUACAAAAAUGCGUAAAAACCAAAACUUAUCAAAGUGCUAGGCUUGUUGACCUAUCUACAGCGUUCUUUUUUCUUGGAUUCGUAUGGUGCGCUAGCUUUUUAAUAAUGAUUGCAGAAAACUUAUGGAAUCAGAAGAGACUGAUAUAUCACAAUUUGAGAAGAAGAUUCAAUAGUGGUAUUGGUGUUAAUUUACCAUAAGUAGUCACUCAAAUAUUGUCAACAUAACAACUUUGGAUUGUCAACAUCGGUAUAGAAGGAGAUUACUUCGUCAUUGAUGGAAUGAACAAUUAUCCUAGUAAUGGAGUCUCUUGAAUCACUUUCGAUAAUAUAUCACUCAUGCACACAUUUAUAUUGAUUCAAUUAUAUU